ACUGCAACCUUUUUUUCUAGGACACUGUGUUCCGAGAUCUAUCGCAGUCACUGCCACUGAGCAGAUAUCACUGCGCAUUUUUGAUUGAGCGCGAGCUCUUGACUGACGCUCGCCAUGGCGCAGAGAUCGGCGAAACUCGUCGACAACGACCAAAUUCAGUCCGCUAGUCUACACAAUCCUCUACCUGUCUAUCUGAAGGCAUAUGUCUGGCCUUUCACUAUACUAUGGCCCAUCUUCCUUGCAUUCUAUCUCAGCGAAGAUCUUUACGACGAGUACAUAGAUGGUCAAGAGUGGACUUUUGUAUGGAUAGCGACCGUCACCACUCUUCAGUCCCUGACCUGGCUCUCGACAAAAUGGAAUGUCAAUUUGGAUACCACCUUCACUACAACAAAGGCGACAAAGGUUGAAAAUGCUCAGCUGAUCAAGGUCAUUCCCAUCAUUAAUUCCGGUUCGCCAUCGAUAUGCAAGUUGGAAAAGGGAAAAGACGGGAGAAUCUUCUUCCUGUUCCAGAAGAGACGUUUCGACUACUCAUCGGAGAAAGGCACCUUCGCGCCGCUAUCGUAUCCUCUGGAUGGGCAGAAGAAGCCUUUACUUCGAGAGUUCCAAAUGACCCAAGGUCUGACGUCUGCGACCGAGCUCGACACAAUCCAGCAACACUAUGGAGACAACACCUUCGACAUUCCUGUCCCUACCUUCAUGGAGCUGUGGAAAGAGCAUGCUGUUGCACCUUUUUUCAUUUUCCAGGUGUUUUGUGUCGGUCUGUGGUUACUGGAUGACUACUGGUAUUAUUCACUUUUUACGCUGUUCAUGUUGGUGGCUUUCGAGAGUACCGUGGUUUGGCAAAGACAACGAACUUUGAACGAGUUCCGAGGUAUGAGCAUCAAGCCAUAUGACAUCUGGGUGUACCGAGAAAAGAAAUGGGUGGAAAUCAAGAGUGACAAACUGCUUCCUGGUGACCUGGUGUCUGUUGGUAGAACCCAGGAAGACUCUGGUGUGGCAUGUGAUAUGCUCCUUAUCGAGGGGACUGCUAUUGUGAACGAGGCUAUGUUGUCUGGUGAAAGCACUCCGCUUCUCAAGGAGUCCGUUAUGCUUCGGCCUGGUGAUGCUCCGAUCGAGCCAGAAGGGCUGGACAAGAAUGCUCUACUUUGGGGCGGCACAAAGGUUUUGCAGAUAACGCAUCCAGCCGCUAGCGAAGAUGCACCAGACAGUGUCCCGAUUGUCAAAUCAGGAGUGCCCGCCCCGCCUGACAAGGGUGCCAUGGGUGUAGUGCUGAAAACUGGUUUCGAAACCAACCAAGGAAGCCUCGUUCGGACCAUGAUCUAUUCCACAGAACGCGUUUCGGCCAAUAAUGCGGAGGCUUUGUGGUUCAUCUUAUUCCUGUUGAUUUUCGCACUGGCAGCAUCAGGAUAUGUGUGGCAGGAAGGUGUUCGAAACAACCGAAAGAGAUCAAAGCUACUUCUCGACUGUAUCUUGAUCGUGACCAGCGUUGUGCCACCAGAAUUACCUAUGGAGCUGUCACUGGCUGUCAACACUAGUCUGGCAGCCCUCAGCAAGUUUGCCAUCUUCUGUACAGAGCCUUUCAGAAUUCCUUUUGCUGGACGUGUUGACGUUGCCUGCUUUGAUAAGACUGGUACACUCACAGGCGAAGAUCUAGUCGUCGACGGAAUUGCUGGCUUAGGCCUGGGAAGAUCAAACCGCUUGACUGAACCCGACGGAGCUCAAUCUACGGUUACGAAAGUCCCCGACUGUGGUGUAUAUACGACUCUUGUUUUAGCCACGGCUCAUGCUUUGGUCAAGCUCGACGAGGGUGACAUUGUUGGUGACCCCAUGGAAAAGGCUACAUUGACAGCUCUCAACUGGACUCUGGGUAACAAUGAUACCUUGACAAAUGUUCCACCAUCAAAGUCAAAGAAGGCAUAUUCAACAGCGGGUGCAUCCCACAUUGUUCAAAUCAAACGACGUUUCCAAUUCUCAUCUGCUCUCAAACGCCAAAGCUCUGUGGCAAUGGUAUCUAUCACGGAUCCAAAGACAGGACGGCGAGGCAAGGGUACUUUCGUUGGUGUCAAAGGUGCUCCGGAGACAAUCGCUAAGAUGCUCGUGGACGUCCCUCCUAAGUACGAGGAAACCUUCAAAUACUUCACCAGAAACGGAGCUAGGGUUCUUGCCCUUGCAUACAAAUACCUCUCUACCGAGGCCGAACUUGGUCAGAAACGCAUCAACGAUCUAACGCGGGAAGAAGUUGAAGCCGGACUGACUUUCGCCGGAUUUUUGGUUCUGCAAACACCUCUGAAGGAAGAUGCCAUCAGAGCUGUCCAGAUGUUAAACGAAAGCAGUCACCGAGUCGUGAUGAUUACUGGGGAUAAUCCUCUGACAGCGGUUCAUGUUGCACGACAAGUCGAGAUUGUUGACCGGGACUGUCUAAUCUUGGACGCGCCGGAACAUGAUGAUUCAGGCAAGAAGCUAGUCUGGCGCAGUGUCGAUGAGAAAACUAUCAUACCUGUCGACCCAACUGCGGCCAUCGAUCCAAAAAUUCUUGAGACGAAAGAUUUGUGUGUUACAGGUUAUGCCCUUUCUAAGUUUACUGGACAGAAAGCCUUUAUGGAUUUGUUGAGACACACUUGGGUCUAUGCCCGAGUGUCUCCAAAGCAAAAAGAGGAGAUUCUGAUUGGUCUUAAAGAUCAAGGAUAUACCACUCUCAUGUGUGGUGACGGCACGAACGAUGUUGGUGCUUUGAAACAGGCUCAUGUUGGAGUAGCACUUCUCAAUGGUUCACAAGAAGACCUCACCAAGAUUAGUGAGCACUUUAGAACCACCAAAAUGAAGGAGAUCUAUGAGAAGCAAGUUCAGCUCAUGAAGCGAUUCAACCAGCCAGCACCACCUGUCCCACCUGGAAUUGCUCAUCUCUACCCUCCUGGUCUAAGCAAUCCACAUCACGAGAAAGCGAUCAAGGCUAUUGCUGAGAAGAAGGGCAUCAGCCUUGAGAACGGUGAUGCCGAAAACGGAGGUCUCGAGACCAUUACAUCACCUGGAGCUCAAGCCAUUCAGCAAUCAAAUGUCCAUCUCACGCCCAAGCAACGAAAACAGCAAGAGGCUCAACAGAAAGCUGCCAGCUGGGCUGAUAAAUUCACUUCGUCCAUGAUGGAGAAUGAACUCGACGAUAGCGAACCACCUACGAUUAAGCUGGGUGAUGCUUCCGUUGCCGCACCGUUCACUAGCAAGUUGGCUAAUGUCGUUGCCAUUCCGAACAUCAUUCGCCAAGGUCGAUGCACUCUGGUCGCAACCAUCCAGAUGUACAAAAUUCUCGCCCUCAAUUGCUUGAUCAGUGCGUACUCUUUGUCCGUGAUCUACCUGGCUGGCAUCAAAUUUGGUGACGGGCAGGUCACGAUCAGUGGUAUGCUCAUGUCCGUGUGUUUCUUGUCGAUAUCACGAGCAAAGCCCGUCGAAGCAUUAUCACGAGAACGACCACAGCCAAACAUUCUCAACGCCUACAUCUUGGGAUCCGUCCUAGGUCAAUUUGCCAUCCACUGUGCCACAUUGAUCUACCUCUCCAGAGUUGUCUAUUCCAUCGUUCCUCCAUCUGAUGAGAUUGAUCUGGAGGGUGAAUUCGAACCCAGCUUGCUCAAUAGUGCGGUGUAUCUCAUGCAGCUCAUUCAGCAAGUGUCGACUUUCGCCAUCAAUUACCAGGGUAGACCCUUCCGUGAGAGUAUCAAGGAAAAUCGAGGCAUGUAUUGGGGUCUCUUGGCUUGUUCGUUUGUGGCUUUUGCUGGUAGCACGGAAUUCCUGCCAGAGCUCAACGAGAAAUUACGACUUGUGCCCUUCAGGAGCGACUUCAAGUGGACCUUGACGACUCUCAUGGUUGUCGACUUUUGUGGCUGUUGGGUUGUAGAGCAAAUCCUCAAAAAUCUCUUCAGUGACUUCAGACCCAAGGAUAUCGCAAUCAAGAGACCGGAUCAAGUUGCUCGUGAUGAGAAGCGCAAAAGAGAGCUCAUGGAAAAGGCCGAGCAGGAAAGGAUUGCGGCAAUCGAGGAAAAACGAGGAGUCGCCAACAACACCGGGCCAGCCGCCGGGCGCAAGUAGGUGCCGAACUAGGAAGAUGCUGGAGUACUACUAUCUAGAGUGGAAGGGUUGUAUAGAAGAACUAGACCAAUGUCAUUGAAAUACUGUUACGGA